AAUAAGCUUACCUAUUGUUGGGCGUAAUUCAAAGAAUCCCAGGAAAUAACUUAACAAAGAAUAUAAUGUCUGAUAAUUCUCUACUCAUGAUAAUAAGCUGUUUCUUCGCCGCCGCCGCCGCCGCCCUUCUCUCCUCCUCCUGCCAUGGGGAUUGCCUGUCGCCGCAGUUUUACGACGGGUCGUGUCCCCGGGCUCUAGAAAUUGUGAAGUCCGUUGUUGCCAAGGCGGUCUUCGAAGAUCCUAGAAUGGCUGCCUCGUUACUCCGACUCCAUUUCCACGACUGCUUUGUCCAGGGUUGCGAUGCGUCCAUGCUUCUCGACAAGAGUGGGGGGAUGAGGAGCGAGAAGAUAUCGAACCCGAACAGGAACUCGGCUCGCGGGUACGAAGUGAUCGACGAGAUUAAAGAGGCAGUGGAGCGCGAGUGCCCUCGCACUGUCUCUUGCGCUGACAUUCUUGCACUUGCUGCUCGGGAUUCUGUUGUCCUGGCUGGAGGACCAUAUUGGGAAGUGCCAUUAGGAAGGAGAGACUCCAGAUCUAGCAGCCUGAGUGGCUCCAACCACAACAUUCCUGCCCCAACCGACACAUUCGACACCAUUCUGGCUAAAUUCAAUCUCCAGGGACUUGGUCUUCUUGAUCUUGUUGCCUUAUCUGGGAGUCACACAAUUGGGAGCGCGAGGUGCGCCACCUUCAGACAAAGGCUGUACAACCAGACGGGGACCGGGCAGCCGGACCCCGCGCUGGACGAGUCGUACGCGGCCGGGCUGCGAAAGAGGUGCCCGGAAUCCGGGGAGGGCGACGGGAACCUGUUCCACCUGGACUUUUUCAGCCCGGCAACGUUCGACAACAGCUACUUCAUCAACCUGCUGGUGCACACAGGGCUGCUGAGGUCAGACCAGAUUCUGGCGGAGGACGAGGCGGCUCUCCGGCUGGUGGAGGCGUACGCGGAGAGCGGGGAGGUUUUCUUCCGGCAGUUUGCCAUGUCCAUGGUGAAGAUGGGAAACAUCUCUGUUCUGAGUGGUUCCAUGGGAGAAGUCAGGAGGAAUUGCAGGAAGAUCAACCAUUAAUUAAUACUACUCAUAAUAACCCUCUCAUUUAUACUCCCUCCGUCCCAUAAAACCUUUCCUGUUUCAAAAAUGGCACGCCUUUAAAAUGAGUAAUUUUAAAGUUAUUUUUUAAUUAUGACUAGUCUAUUCUACACAUCUCAUCCUACUCUUUUACAAAGUAAGAGCAAAAUUAGAAAAUAACACCAAAGUUACUCAUUUUAAAGGCGCGCCUUUUCUGAAACAGGAAAUGUUUUAUGGGACGGAGGGAGUAUUAAGAUUACCAGUAUAUCUAAGCUUACCUGAUAAAGUUUCUUACGUUAU